UCGUUAUUACAAGGACACCGGUUAAGUCGUGUACCGCACCCAAUACUUUGAUAAAAUUUGGAAAUUAAGAAUUCCAGUGAAACUGUAUUUAGUGUGAAAUAGUGAUUGCGGUGCGGUUUUAGUGUAUGAAACUCCUUCUGAUGUGUUUAGAAGUGGUAUUAAAGAAUUUGCAUGGGUAUAGACGAUUAUAUUCGUGAUUUACAGAACAUUGUCAUUAGGUAGUAGCCUGGAGUGCAAAAAGGGUGUUGCAGUUCGUAUAAAGAAGGGUUUCUACAACAUUAGUUAGCAGUAAGCAGUAUGAACGAAUUGGAUGCACUACGACAAGAAGCAGAAACAUUAAAAAAUGCCAUCAGAGACGCAAGAAAAGCAGCAUGCGAUACAUCCCUUGUGCAGGCUACGGCCAGCCUGGAGCCGAUCGGGCGGGUGCAAAUGCGGACCCGUCGUACUCUCAGGGGCCACCUCGCGAAAAUAUACGCGAUGCACUGGGGUUCCGACUCCCGGAACUUAGUCUCUGCCUCCCAGGACGGCAAACUUAUAGUCUGGGAUAGUCAUACUACGAAUAAAGUUCAUGCAAUUCCAUUAAGGUCUUCGUGGGUGAUGACAUGUGCGUACGCUCCCUCAGGAAGUUACGUGGCUUGCGGAGGCUUGGACAACAUUUGCUCCAUCUAUAGUCUGAAGACCAGGGAAGGUAACGUACGCGUCAGCCGGGAACUCCCCGGUCACACCGGUUACCUCUCCUGCUGUCGAUUUUUAGACGAUAACCAAAUUGUUACUUCUUCGGGUGAUAUGAGUUGCGCUCUGUGGGACAUAGAAACUGGGCAGCAGGUGACAUCGUUUUUGGGACACACGGGCGACGUCAUGUCCCUGUCAUUGUCUCCCGACAUGAGAACGUUCGUAUCGGGUGCGUGUGACGCCUCUGCGAAACUCUGGGACAUCAGGGAGGGCUGUUGCAAACAGACUUUUCCUGGACACGAGUCCGACAUAAAUGCCGUCACGUUUUUCCCCAACGGUUACGCGUUCGCAACGGGCAGUGACGACGCAACCUGUCGCCUUUUCGACAUCCGCGCGGAUCAAGAAUUAGNUAUAUUUAAUUAAUUAAUAUUAUGUGGGUUUUGUACUUUGUCAUUCAAUUGCUGGGGGAACUGGGUCAGGAAUGGGUUCAAACAUUUUGGAGAAAUUGUCAGACCGUUUUCCGAAAAAACUGGUAUUUUAGCUGGUCACGAUAAUCGAGUGAGCUGUUUAGGUGUUACGGAGAACGGGAUGGCCGUUGGGACGGGUUCAUGGGACAGUUUCCUUCGCAUUUGGAACUAGAACGGUGGUAAUCAGUCGUCGAUCGUCUUCGACAAUUAUAAAACUGUCUUUUUACUACCUGUGCAUUUUUUAUAAGGCUACUACUACAUAACAUACAUUUCAGUUGCUUUUCAGUUUUUACACACCCGUACACACGUUACUUUUAUAAUACAUACAUAAUAAUAUGCACAAAAUGCAUUAAAAUAACAAGAAAAGGAGAAAAAAAACAAUCGAAACAAACAGUGUCAUUGUUAUUGAUACGUUUUUGUUUUAAUUUCGUUUGUUUCUUUCAUUGCCAUCGUGAAAAAAAAAAAUGAACAUAUCUUUCGGGAUUCGUUUGUUUGGCCUUUGUUUUUAGUUUUCCUUUCAAACGCUGUGCGAAACUGUUUAAAACUAGUCAAACACAAAACAUUAAAAAAAAAACAGAUGAGGUUAGGAGUUAGUUAUUGUAACUAUAACGC